CAAAUCUCCAAUAAGACUGAAGCAAGGGCGGAGUCUACCAAUGCCGAAAGCGAGGAGGCGGGAUAAAAGGGAGAGCAGAAGGUAGGCUGCCAGACACGUUCGUUAUCUUAUUCCUUUCUGCUCUUUGACGCUGGCGAGGAAGCAUCGCUGAACGCUCUCAUCAUCCUACCGUCAUGUCUAAGUCAGAGUCCCCCAAGGAACCGGAACAGCUGCGGAAGCUCUUCAUUGGAGGGCUGAGCUUCGAAACAACCGACGAGAGUCUGAGGAGCCAUUUUGAGCAAUGGGGAACACUCACCGACUGUGUGGUAAUGAGAGAUCCAAACACCAAAAGAUCCAGAGGCUUUGGGUUUGUCACGUAUGCCACUGUGGAGGAAGUGGAUGCUGCCAUGAAUGCAAGACCACACAAGGUGGAUGGAAGAGUUGUGGAACCUAAGAGAGCUGUGUCAAGAGAAGAUUCUCAGAGACCAGGUGCCCACUUAACUGUGAAGAAGAUCUUUGUUGGCGGUAUUAAAGAAGACACUGAAGAACAUCACCUACGAGAUUAUUUUGAGCAGUAUGGGAAAAUUGAAGUGAUUGAAAUUAUGACUGACAGAGGCAGUGGAAAAAAGAGGGGAUUUGCGUUUGUCACCUUUGAUGACCAUGACUCUGUGGAUAAGAUUGUUAUUCAGAAAUACCAUACUGUGAAUGGCCACAACUGUGAAGUAAGAAAGGCUCUGUCGAAACAAGAGAUGGCUAGUGCUUCAUCCAGCCAGAGAGGUCGAAGUGGUUCCGGAAACUUUGGUGGUGGUCGUGGAGGUGGUUUCGGUGGCAAUGACAAUUUUGGUCGAGGAGGGAACUUCAGUGGUCGUGGUGGCUUUGGUGGCAGCCGUGGUGGUGGUGGAUAUGGUGGCAGUGGGGAUGGCUAUAAUGGAUUUGGCAAUGAUGGUGGUUAUGGAGGAGGCGGCCCUGGUUACUCUGGAGGAAGCAGAGGCUAUGGAAGUGGUGGACAGGGUUAUGGAAACCAGGGCAGUGGCUAUGGCGGGAGUGGCAGCUAUGACAGCUAUAACAACGGAGGAGGCGGAGGCGGCUUUGGCGGUGGUAGUGGAAGCAAUUUUGGAGGUGGUGGAAGCUACAAUGAUUUUGGCAAUUACAACAACCAGUCAUCAAAUUUUGGACCGAUGAAAGGAGGAAACUUUGGAGGCAGGAGCUCUGGCCCUUAUGGUGGUGGAGGCCAGUACUUUGCUAAACCACGAAACCAAGGUGGCUAUGGAGGUUCCAGCAGCAGCAGUAGCUAUGGCAGUGGCAGGAGGUUCUAAUUACAGCCAGGAAACAAAGCUUAGCAGGAGAGGAGAGCCAGAGAAGUGACAGGGAAGCUACAGGUUACAACAGAUUUGUGAACUCAGCCAAGCACAGUGGUGGCAGGGCCUAGCUGCUACAAAGAAGACAUGUUUUAGACAAUACUCAUGUGUGUGGGCAAAAACUCCAGGACUGUAUCUGUGACUAAUUGUAUAACAGGUUAUUUUAGUUUCUGUUCUGUGGAAAGUGUAAAGCAUUCCAACGAAGGGUUUUACUGUAGACCUUUUUCACCCAUGCUGUUGAUUGCUAAAUGUAAAAGUCUGAUCAUGACGCUGAAUAAAUGUGUCUUUUUUUUUUUUUUUUUUUUUUUUUUUUUAAAUGUGCUGUGUAAAGUUAGUCUACUCUGAAGCCAUCUUGGUAAACUUCCCCAACAGUGUGAAGUUAGAAUUCCUUCAGGGUGGUGCCAAAUUCCAUUUGGAAUUUAUUUAUGGUUGCUUGGGUGGAGAAGCCAUUGUCUUCAAAAACCUUGGUGUUGCUAAACUGCCAGUUACUGUUGUAACUUAAUGAGUUUCACCAUUUAAAGGGUCAUCCAAGCAAGAUCACAAUUUGGUUAUAAAAUGGUUGUUGGCACACCCUAUGCAAUAUCAAAAUUGAAUAACGGUAUCAGAUAAAAUAACAGAUGGGAAUGAAGCUUGUGUAUCAUCCAUUAUCAUGUGUACUCAAUAAACGAUUUAAUUCUCUUGAAUGGAA